UCUGCCGAGUCCAGCUAUUAUGUUUAUAACUUGUUCCACAUCGCGCCAAAGUGUGAUCAAGUUUUCCAUCUAGCUAUUGAAUUAGCGACGAUGAUGACACCAGCUGGUCUUUGACUCUGGCUGAUACAUUCAAAGCGGUCGGUGGCGUGUGAUGGCCGUAAUUUAUCGCGUGCAUGCAACGAGGACGACACAAUCCAAAGGAAUUCGAUCAGCCGUAGAACGAGUGUAACACUGACAUGAACACUUUAAUCCUAACGAAAAUGAUGACCGGCCGCGGAGUUGUUCGACGAUACUCCCCGUUUAAAUCAUGGUACAGUACUAACCAUACAAUGAACGGUGUACCUAUAAUUUGUACAGAUUUAUAUGAUCCAAAGAGACUACUGCUGGAGCCUACAUUUUCGCCAAUGUACAUUAAUAACACAACAUGCCUUCCCAUUCGUACAUUUUAUUUAACUUCAAACUGGAAAGGCCAGGAAUCAUCAUCCAAGGUCGAAGAAACAGUGAAGAACAUUAAAGAAGAAAAGGAACUGAAGCAAAAAAUGGUGGAUGGUAUUGUAAAAGAUGUCGACCCAUCAAAGAAAGCUAUUGUCAAAGCCUCAAUAUGGCAAAGAAUCAAGAGCGAGAUAUUGCACUAUUAUCACGGAUUUCGACUGCUGGGACUCGAUAUGAAAAUCUCAGCAAAGUUAAUAUGGAGAAUUUUGCAUGGCAAGGAGCUCAGCAGAAGAGAACAUAAUCUGCUGAUAAAGACAACUGGAGAUAUGUUCAGGUUGAUUCCUUUCUCUGUUUUCAUCAUUGUUCCAUUUAUGGAAUUUUUACUUCCUGUGGCGAUUAAAUUAUUCCCUGGCAUGUUACCCUCCACCUUCCAAACGGCAACUGAAAAGGAAGACAAACUUAAACAGGCUCUAAAGGUCAAGAUAGAAAUGGCCAAGUUUUUGCAAAAAACGUUGGACGAAAUGGCGCUGCAAUCGUCGGACCACAGAUCCGAGAAGGCCAAGGAGUUCGCGGAAUUUUUCUAUAAAGUGCGAACAUCCGGCGCCGUCGCGACCAACGAGGAAAUCAUGAGGUUCAGCAAGCUUUUCGAGGACGAAAUAACUUUGGACUCGCUCUCGCGACCGCAAUUAAUCGCUCUGUGCAGAGUACUGGAUGUACAGACGCUUGGCACUACUAAUUUCCUACGAUUCCUGCUUAGGAUGAGACUGAGAAGUCUUGUCGCAGACGACAAACUGAUCGAAAAGGAAGGAGUCAACACUUUAACCAGAGCCGAGCUGCAACAAGCAUGCAGAGCACGCGGUAUGCGUGCUUACGGAUUGCCGGAGAACCGAUUAAAAGAUCAGUUGUCACAGUGGUUGGAUUUGAGUCUGGAGAAGAAAGUUCCACCUUCUUUACUGUUGUUGUCACGAGCGCUUAUGAUACCCGAAACGGUGCCUAUGUCGGACAAGCUGAAGGCCACUAUAUCGGCUUUGCCCGAUGCGGUGGUGGCUCGUACGAAGGGUGCUAUUGGAGAGAAGGAGGGUAAAAUGGAUCACAGGACGAAUAUUGAGAUCAUAAAAAUGGAGGAGCGUAAGAUCGAGGAGGAGAGGAAGGAGAUGAAAGAAACGGAGCCGCAGCCGAUCGCCUCAGAGCCCAGCGUCAAGAAGGACGAAAUUACCACUACGGAUGUAAAGGUUCUCGAACAGGCUCUGGACUCGAUUGGCAAGGAUAAUAAGAAUAUGGCUGUAGAGAAGGAGGAGAUCAAGGAGCUUAAAGAAGAAAUGGCCGAGUACCAAGAGGACAUUAAAGAACUGGAUCAGUUUAAAGCAGAGACGAAGGGCCAAACGGAUAUAGACGAUAUUAAAGUAUCGAAAGGCGCUAAGAGGUUGUUCAACAAAGUAAAUAAGAUGAUCUCUAAGAUGGACGCCGUCCUGUCGGAGCUCGAGCAAUCCGAGAAGAAAGUGAAGGAGAGGUUGCAAUCGCUGGGUCCUGACGAAAAGAAGGAUGCUAAAGACGUCGAGGAAUUAGUCAAGAUCGACGAGUUAGUCGCGGCCAUCAAGCAAAUCCAAAAUGUGCCCGAUGAACAUCGGCUAAAACGCAUAGCGGAAAUUUUAGGAAAAAUUGACGAUGAUCAGGACGGUGCAAUAAAAAUAGAAGAUGUCUUAAAGGUUGUAGAAUUAAUAGGUAAAGAAGAUAUUAAAUUAAGCAAAGAACAAGUGGACGAAUUAAUAGAGUUAAUGGAUAAGGAGGAAGAAUUGUUAGUGGAGGAGCAAAUGCAGAAGUCGUUGCAGAAGGAUUCCGAGGAACAGGAGAACAUGAAAGGCACGCACAGAUCCACGGUGCCCGCUACGCCGGUGACGACCGAGCCGGGAUUUGGAAAAGAGGAACUGGCGGACGAUGCCGUUAGGGAGUCCAGCACACCCUACACAAGUUCGUCCAUCGAGGAGGAGAAGCAGAAAUCGGCUGCCAUUCUCAAAAGCAAUUCCAAAUCUGACGAGGUGAAGAAUCCACCGCUUAGACCGAAUGUUCCACCGACACCGAAGAAGGCAGAAGGUUCCAAACAGCUAUGAUUAGCGCACAAUGGAAGAUAGAAAUAGUAUAUUCAAUUAUCGGAGCAAUAUUUUUACCGAAAUCUAACAGCAUAAAGUUUUGGUAUGGAUCUUCGUCUCUAUGUUGUAUCCCGCACAUGUUCUCUUUUCUUUUUCUCUUUUCCAUGUCUUAAAAAAAAAUAACUUUCAGACAUUAUUUGCUGCAAUUAAAGGAUGCAUCGUUGUUAGGGUUGAAAGUAAAAUUUUUUUAUAUUCAUGUGAAGACAUCUCGUUGACAUAAUUGGUCAUCGCUGAGAUAUAACAUUGUGUUGGUAUGUUGUACAUAAGAUGUGAGCGGAUAUACGUCUGCCUGUGUGUCUGUUGUAUAUUAUAUUGAGUCAAUAACGAGUUACGUUAUUUUGUAUUUCGUAUUGUAAACAGAUACACGCAACCCACAUACAUACACACACACACAUACAACUCCCGAAGUUUCCAUUCGAAGACUGUGAUGCAUUUAACGGCAUCAUUUGUUACACCGUAUCUUUUUGUCAGUAAUAUGUACUGGUUAUGAAGAUGUUACCAAAUAUUCAUUCUCCGAAGAAUUCAUUGUCGAUGUUACGCGUAAAUUCUUCGCAAGAAUGUCUGGAACGUUGUUAACAUCGACGAUAAAUAAACGGAGUGCUGAAAGAAGUGUGUUCGGUCUCUGUUACGAUACACAGAUUAUGAAACUGCAGUGAAUCCAGAAGAUAAUCAUUCCAUCUGUCUGAACGCCAUUCUUGUAUAUUUGUGAUACAUUUGACGUACAUUGAUCGUAACUUGAUAACAGAUUAGCAAUCGUAAAUUAUGGAUUACUUUGCAGCUUCAACUCGUUUCGGACUAUUUGGCACGAAAGAGAGAGAUAUAUAUAUCUAUAUAUAAAAAUGUACAGUAAUUUAUAAUUUACCUUAUCACUUGCGAAACACACACGCAGACAGGGACAUGUUCUACUUCAUACACGUACACAUAUUAUUACGUGAAACAAGGAUAAAAUGUAAAAAAUAAUUUAUAUACAUGUAUGAGUAUUAUUCGCGCCCUUCCCACGUAGAAUGCUAAAUUUGCAGAAGGAACUCUAUGAAAAAUAUUUCUACCUGUAAUGAGAUAUAUCGGUAUUAAGAUACCGCAUGUACAUAAAAA